GUCAAUGACCCAAGUAAACGUUGGUUUCUAUGGAAGAGACACCCCUUUAAGUAGACAGGAACUGACACAUUUUUUCCUAUGGUAAAUGGCCUGAGUGAGCCAUCUUCAUUUAUCCAACGUCUUUGGAUAUACACAGACUGGCGGAGUGGAGCGAGAAACGGUGAGAGUAAAAAGGCUUACUUUAUUUGGCCGUCAAAAAGCCACCCGCGUAACAAUUUUAUACUGUUGGGCUGUCCCGUGAAGAGAUCCCGCCAUGCGUGAAUACAAGCUAGUGGUGCUAGGCUCGGGAGGCGUGGGCAAGUCCGCUCUGACAGUCCAGUUUGUGCAGGGAAUCUUUGUGGAAAAGUACGACCCAACAAUAGAAGACUCCUACAGAAAGCAAGUGGAGGUAGAUGGACAGCAGUGCAUGCUUGAAAUCCUCGACACAGCCGGCACAGAGCAGUUCACUGCCAUGAGAGAUCUGUACAUGAAGAACGGUCAGGGCUUUGCCCUGGUAUACUCCAUCACAGCACAGUCCACGUUCAACGACCUGCAGGACCUGAGGGAACAGAUCUUGAGAGUCAAGGACACAGAAGAUGUGCCUAUGAUCCUGGUGGGUAAUAAGUGUGAUCUGGAGGAUGAGAGGGUGGUGGGCAAGGAGCAGGGUCAGAACCUGGCCAGACAGUGGAACCACUGUGCCUUUUUAGAGUCCUCCGCAAAGUCAAAGAUCAACGUCCUCGACAUCUUCUACGACUUGGUCAGACAGAUAAAUAGUAAAACGCCUGUGGAAAAGAAGAAGGCGAAAAAGAAAUCAAACUGUGUCCUGCUCUAAAGGUCCCCUCCACCCUGCAGCAGCUCUGAGCCAGAAUGCUGUAAUGAAGAACUGUUGCCCAGAUUGGACCCGUGCCAGCAUUCUGACAGCCCCGCCUCCCCCAUCAGCCAUAAACGGUGACAACACAAAUAGCCGCCUGCUGAUUCGCUAGUAUCAAGAUAUCAAGGCAGGAUACAAGGAGAGAGAAGACUGGUGUCUAUCUCACUCAGACUUCUCUGAUCUGACAUCAGUGAGCCCUGAAGGACAAUCUUCAUUUCCCACAUGUUGAACCACCAUAAACUCUCUGAAAGUCUCUGAAAUGUCAAUGGUCUGGCCAACCGAGAGCCCCCUCCUUUUUUGAGAGUUUAAAAACGAUUACCAACGAAGGGGAAAAAAGACUUCAGUAUUUUACAUCUUUGCAAUAUAUCGUAUUUGAAGACAUGGAAGUUGACUUUAGUUGUAUGAGUACAAAUAUCUGCAGACAGCAUGAUCACAUCUGGUAUUAAGUGUAGUAAGAACUUUCAAGUGGAAGUAGCAACUUUUUUAUAGCCAUACACCCAUUUCCCAGUGCCAGUCGUGUCAAUGGUGGACCAUAUGUAUUUUGGUGUCGCUUAACUCCAUGGACUUUCUCUUCUGCAAAUAUCUCUGUGACUUAAUUUUAUACUCAGUCACUGGGAUUUCAUAGUUCCCGUAAUAUAUUCUAAUGCCAUUUUUUGCAUAAUAAUGCUUGAGAAAAGGUAUUUUAUAGAAGAAAUAUGGGGGGGGAAGGAUUAAUUUCUGUCUCUUGAAGCUGAAAUAUAUACUAAACCAACUUUAAUAAUGCUUCUUGUGUUUUUGUCAAAUGAUGUUCCAGCUUUUAUGGAUUAUUAAAUUUAGUACAUUUUAA